AACAGCAGUAUAAUAAAGUUUGUAAACAAAUAAGGGUAAUGACGUCAUGCGAACUGACCAAACCGACCAGAAACCUGGUGCACUUCGUGCGUAACUGGUGACACUGGUUUGAAUAUUGGAACGAUCGGUGCAGUGCACUGGUGUAACUGGUUUUAAUAUUGGAACGGUCGGUGCGGCAAACCAGUGUAACCGGUUACACCGGUGCGAAUAUUGGAACGUGCCCAUGUUUUGUUUACAGAUAAAUUUAAAAUUCACUUUAGGAUUGAUAGUGAAUGGCAGUGUUUAAUUGUAUAAGUUAAAUAAUUAUUUAGUGAAUGUCGCUAUGAUGUGUGAAAUGUAUUCUUCCGAUUUAAGAUUCUUUUUCUGUAUAGUUAGUUGUGUACUUCUAUUUGCUCUGCCUCAAUGUUUAGCCGAUUGUGGACUUAUGAAACCUUUAAAGCCAAACGAAACUGCAAAAGAAUUUGAACUUUUGAAAAAAAUUAAGCCAUUGAUUGGAAAAUCGUUUGAAGUGAAUGAUCCUGUAGAUCCUACCAAGUAUACUUACAAAGUUAGUAUCUGCGGAAAGAUAGAUGGUGUUAAGAAACUAAAUGUUGGAGCACUACAAAUUGAGGCAAAUUCGACACACAUUUUGGGACUUUAUAAUCAAACUGAUAUUAUGGGAGGAACUGAUUGGAUGCAAUUAACUUACUAUGGUGGUGAAAAUUAUAGACAUAACUGCAACAAAACCGGAAGAAUUGCAAAAAUAAUGAUUAUAUGUGACCCAGAUACUGAAGUGGGAAAAUUUGAAGUGUUGGAAGAAAGAACUCAUAUAUCUGAUGACUGUUUUUAUCUUUUUGAAUUUGGCAGCAGAUUUGCUUGCACAAUUAAACCGAAACCAGGUCUUAGUUCUGGAAGUGUAUUUUGUAUAUUAUUUUUUACUGCAAUUCUGAGUUACCUAGUCCUUGGUGUGUUGUAUAAGAGAAUUGUUUUAGGUGCUCAAGGAUUAGACCAAAUACCAAAUUAUGCAUUUUGGAGAGACUUUGGAAAUUUACAAGCUGAUGGCUGUGAUUUUAUCUGUCGGUUUGGUAGUCGCCAAGAGUCCCAGGCCUACAGAGGUAUUGAUGACCAUUUGAAAGAUGAAGAAGAGAGAGAUGACCAGUUAUUAAAUAUGUGAUAUUUUUCUAAUAUGAUGUGUUCAUUGUGAAUAUUGCUUAAAAGCUUGCAGUAUAAAUAAUCUCAUAAACUGUUUACAUUUCCAAAGGGAAUAAGAUUUUGUGAAUGCAAGUCACUUCGAAAUCAGGCAUACCUCUGGGCAUUCUAAAACCUUAUCUAGUCAUUUUGAAAUUGAUAAACAAAUUUUGUAGUAUUACGAAGAAAUUAUCAUUCUUUGCAUAUCUGUCUUUAAAGAAAUUUUUUUAUUAGCAUUUAGGUUGUGAAAUAAGAAUAAAGUUUAUGAAUAUUUAGUUAAGAUUUGCUUGGUUUUUCAGUGACUAUUAAUAAAGUUUUAUCUUGCCUUUUUUAAGUAUUUAAAACUAUGCAAAUGUUCUGUAAAUUUGUAUGGGAUAUCCUUGUUAAGCUUAAAUUUAAUAAUUAUGUGUUUGUUUAAAUGUUUUAAUAUUAAUAAUAUUCCUUUUUGUUUUUGCUACUACUUUAUUUAGUCAGCUCUCAAGUGGAAAUUAUACCAUAUAACUUUAUUCAACUAUUUAUAAAGGUCAUACUUGAAUAGCAGUCUAACUCUACUCUUUGAAAUAUGCCUUACUUCAAAGUUUGUACAUGUAAAUCUUAUCUCAAAACAAGUACACAUCCAGCUUAUUUUCACUUUUAAAAAUGAGACAAGAUAGUAAAAACAAUACAUUUGUUAAACUUUGAACACGAACUUUCAUAAAGUACGCAGUAAUUUAACAGAUAUUACUGUAUUUAAAUUAGAAAAAUUAAAUCUGUUUUAAUAAAUGAUCAUAUUAAAAGGAAAAAGCUUUAAUAAUUUUUUUUGUUUAUGUAUGUUUUUAUACAAGGCUUAAAUUAUUUCUUUCAAUAACUUUGUAUAUUUAAACUGAAUGCAAUAAAAUAAAAUGCUAUAUUUUUCAUUAAAAUUAAUUAUUUUAAGAAUGUUCUUACCAUUAACUAUACAUUUUUCUUAAACAAAUAAAGUUUCAAAUUUACUAUAUUUUCCUUAGUUGAAAUUGAUGAAACAUCUUUGAUAAUGUGAAGUCUGAAUAUUAUAAAAAAAGUUUUUUGAACAAUUUUCAACAUAUUUGAAAACUAAUAUAAGAUGUAAAUUUUCUAUUAUUGAACUCACAUUUUAACCAGUCUUAAUCACUUUGGUUAAUCUGAGACUUUAAAUAUGUUCAGUCUCUUGUUGGUAGGAACAACCCGCCCUUGAAAAGGGGGAAAUCUUAAGCAAGUUUUGUCAUUUGUUUAGUACUUACAUAUUUUUACAUUUUUCAAAAAUGGUUGUGGCAUUAAUUUAUUUAAAAUGCUAUGGCAUAUGUGAUAAACACAACUAUGCAAAACCAAAACAUGGAUGCAUAUUGGUAAAAAUGUUUAUAAAAACCAAUGUUUGCACAGUUCAUAUAUUUUUUAUAGUUAGUAAAGUAUUUUUUUAAGUUUUCGUGUAAUUAUAUUCUGUUUUACAUAUUAAAUUAUGUUAAAUAAAGCAUUGCAUUUUCUUAUUGAA